AUGAGCUUCCCGAUGCAAUGCGCCGAUACGGCGAUGCCCAGACCCAGAUCUUGGCUGCAACACCGGCUGAGCCCCGCGGCCCCGACCCUUGCCUCCACCCCGAUCAUCUCCAUCAACUCCAUCAGCACCAUCAUCUCCAUCCUCUCCAUCAUCUCCAUCCUCUCGAUCGCCACGAGCCUGCCCCCACCGCAAGACCUGCGCUGCCCGAUUAUGUCCCUGGAAGAGCAAAGCCCCGAUACCCUCAAGCUCCUAAGCGACCAUCUCAUAUCCUCUGUGGAAGGGGACGAGAUGACGGCAAUCCUCAAGACUCAGGAACGGAUGAAGACCCAGCUUGCUCAAACCAACCAUCACAUGGAGUCGUUCAACAACUUCUCAGCCGCACGCUACGGCGACAACCUCAAGAGCCUCGAACAGUAUGCCAAGCUUCUGAAGGAUAUGAAGGGAGACCUCGAAACGAUCUUCCGGAGGAUCCGGAAAAUCAAGGACAAGAUGCAAGCCGAAUAUCCGACCGAAUGGAGCACUGCAGCUUCGGCAAUCAGCGAGACACAGCCUGCUCACGAGGAUGCAUGA